GCCGCGCUGCAGGUCCACCGCGCAUGCCUGAAGAGGGAGCCCAGGCCCGUUAAGUGCAGAGAGCGCAGCCCUGUCGGCCGGCUUGAGAGUUUUGUGCUUUCCAGAUGAAGCGUGUCUUCGCAUACGUGCGGUCGCGUGAUCUCACAAGAUGCUUAGCAUGGGUGGAGCCGGCAGGAAAUUUAAACUGAAGCCGCGGCCGAAAACGCCCAGAGAUUGAUGCUGUAGCUGCCCUGGGAUACCGGGACUAUGGAGUCGGGAAGAGCUCAUGGAGCUCGCGAAUGUAAUACGGAGGCCUCUGAGGAAGGAGUACGGUUGCCGAGAAGGAGCCGGCAUUUGAUGAGCGAACCGGGAAAGGGAGACGAUUGCCUCGAGCUGGAGAGUUCCAUGGCUGAGAGUAGGCUCCGGGCCCCGGACCUAGAAUCUCCCUCUGUCACCCAGACUGGAGUGCAGUGGCAUGAUCUCAGCUCACUGCAAUGUCUGCCUCCCGGGAUCAUGCAAUUCUUGUGCCUCAGCCACCCAAGUAGCCGGGAUUACAGGGGCUCAGCUAGGAGUUUCCAGGUGUCUAGGAAAAUGCCAGAAGAACUCACCAGGUGCCGGGAAGCAUCCCUUUUCGGGAAAGUCCUUUUACUUGGAUCUGCCUGCUGGCAAGAAUCUCCAGUUUUUGACAGGGGCCAUUCAGCAACUGGGUGGGCCACCUCUGUGAUCUGGUUUCAGGUAAUUGAGGGUUUUCUGAGCAAAGAAGUAAGUUACAUCGUGUCCAGCCGCAGAGAAGUAAAGGCAGAGAGCAGUGGAACAAGCCACAGAGGCUGCCCUAGCCCUAGCCCCAGUAAGGUCAGAGUGGAAACAUCGGCCAUGGUUGAUCCAAAAGGCAGCCACCCCAGGCCUUCACAGAAACCUGUUGACUCGGUGCCUCUAAGCAGAGGGAAGGAGCUGCUUCAGAAGGCCAUCAGAAACCAGGGGAGCAUCAGUGGAGGAGGCAGUGGGGGCAGCAGCAGCCUCCUGACCAAUGCCCGCUCUUGGGGAGUGAGGAUUCUGCACGUGGAUGGUACCCUUUCUGUGCUGGGCUCCUGUGGAGGGAGAAUUGGUGACUUUGACCAGGAGUGUCAGCUUUUAGAAGGAUCAUGGUCAUGUGAGCUUCUGGUCACCGGAAGCCAGAAGUACUCAGCUGCCAUGUUGAUCCACAAAGAAAUGAUGAUGCACGUGCAACAGCUGUCUCUUGCCUCUUUAUGUGUGAAAAAACAAGAGCCGAAGAAGCCAGAGGGAACAUGUCCAGCAGCAGAGUCAAGAACACGGAAAGUGGCCAGACUGAAGGCACCGUUCCUCAAAAUCGAAGAUGAAAGCAGGAAGUUUCGUCCUUUCCAUCAUCAAUUUAAAUCCUUUCCUGAAAUUUCUUUUCUUGGACCCAAAGAUGCAAGUCCCUUUGAGGCCCCGACGACCCUGGGCAGCAUGCACCAUACCAGAGAAUCCAAGGAUGGAGAGCCAAACCCUCAAUCAGCUGCCCGCACCAUGCCCAGGAGGAAGAAAGGCUACUGCGAGUGCUGUCAAGAGGCCUUCGAGGAGCUCCAUGUGCAUCUUCAGAGUGCCCAGCACCAGAGCUUUGCCCUGGAAGCCCAUCUAUAUGCAGAAGUGGACAGGAUCAUUGCCCAGCUCAGCCACAGCUUUCCAGACAUCCCUUUCCAGGCUGGCCUCCCCGGGUGGUCAGGUUCCCCAGCUUCUGACUGUGACCCUCUCUGUCCUGAGACUCUGCACCCCCAUCAGCCCUCCCAUCCCAGGGCAGCAUCUCCCAGGAUGAGGAAAGAAGACAGCUGCCAGGCAUCAGGUAUCCCAGAGCAGGAUGGGACAGUGGACAGCACGCAGGCACCAGCUGAAUGUGCAGGGACUGGUGAGGUACCUGGACCUACAGCAAGCUGCCAGGACCUGGGGGGGUCAGUUGAUGUGUUUGUGGACCCCCCAGGGACACCAGUGUCCAGGAGCCCUGCUUGCCAAUGCCUCCUGCCUAGCUCUGGUUUUAUGGAACUUUCCUCUGGCCCAGAUCUGGCCCUUGUUGGCCACAAGCGGAAGGUUCAGUUCCCCAGUGGCAGUGCUGAGAAGAGAGUGGGGGCCUCCUGGCCACAGGCUUCAUUUUUUGUCCCAAUAGCCCCCAACCCCUGCGGCACCAGGACAACUAGUGGCAAGCGCCUUCCCUCUCUUCCCCUUCCAGGCCAUGAAUCCAGGCUCCUUGCCUCCCUCCAGCCCUUGUGCCACUCACAGACCUGCCUCUCUCUCCCAGACCCCUUCCCCUGGCAGCCCACAGACAGACCAGCAGAGUUCUGGGCCACAAAGCCCCCCUGGCUGGGGGAAGGGUGGCCCCCAGGGCCUGAGGAUUCUGAGUGUACAGCCACUGGCCCUGUAUCCCAGGAGGCUGGCCAGCUCCCCAGCUGCCCCACAGCUCCAGGCCGGCCAUCAGCUCCCCUGUACUCAGCUACCAGUGUGCAGCCCUCAGGAGCACCUGUAGAGAGCAGGUCUACCUCCCUCCUGCAGCCCCUGCCAGCCAGUGCAGGAGCCAGCUGUUUCUGAUGCCUCUGGGCCCCCCAGCCUCUCCAGGUGCCCUGUCUCCCUGUCUCCCAGCCCUGGUCCCAACCCCAGCCCCAGCCCCAGCCCCAUGCUGGCAGAGAGCUGCUCCUAUGAGUCCCCAAGGUGCUUGGCUCUUCACAGGGCCAGGCAGCUUCAGAUUGAAGGGCCACAGAUACAAAUUAUUCCUCUGCUGGGUGCUGCACACCCGGCCAGGGCUGACCAGGACGCAGGAGGGGCAGAACCCCAGGACUUCCCCAAAAGAGCCAGAAGGAGGCCCGGGCCUGGCCUUUGAAGUCUAGCAAGCAGCUGUCACGCUUAGCUCCAUGGAGCCGACAGAGCCAGCCCUCCCACUGGCCAGGUCCUUGGGAGAGAAUCUGGGCUGGGGGCUGCCCUCUCCUACCCCCACCUCCUGCCAUGUUCCUGACCAGGCAGAGUCUACAGUGGGCUUGCCCAGCUGAGGCUGGCCUCCCACGCUAGGAGGCAGAGGCGAAGUUGGCAUGGGGAGGGACCACAAAGGAGCUGGGGCAGCAGGAGUCCUGGCCCGGCUUCCUGGCCCUCCGCAGGCCCUUGCCUCUCUGCAGAGCUGCGGGUUAGCUGUUGGUGUGCUCCACCCCCAACCCCGGCCUCCUUUCCCACCAGCAUGUGGCUGCUCCUGCUUUCCGAAAUGCCUGUGUUGGUCCCCUCCCCCAGCCCCCCACGCUCCCGCACACAGAUCCUCAGGAACAUAUGAAGCAGAGGAGGGGCUUGGGCUGCACCACUCACAGAGUUCCCUCCCCCAGGCACUUAGUUGGGGCCCAGCACUGACCUUUCCCCUGAGCCCAGGAUGUGGCCAGAGCCCCCUCUGGGACCCCUCUCGGCCCUUCUCUGCCUCCUCAGCUUGAGCUGCCUGCCCGAAGUUCAGCUGUUCCGGGGCCAGUGUGUCACUUGCCAACUUCCACAUCACCCUCCUCCCUCGCUCCCUCCUCUCCUUCCCCAAGGACCUCCCCCCAUUUCUGGCAGCGAAGCCAUUAAUCUGGAGACAGAAAUGGGUUUGCUAUCGAUUCUCUGGCCACUUUUUCUUUCAUUACAGUUUGUACCGUGGUUCUUCUCACCCUUCUCUGCGUCCGUGCAUUUAAAGAGUUGUCUCUUUAAAUGUUGAAGCUCCUGGAAGCCUGGUGCUAUUCUGUGUCUCCUUUCAAAGGAAGAAGGGGGGGCCCAGCUAUGGGUGAGGACUCAAGUUAUUAGUUUGGAAAUAGAGCAACUAUGUGUACAGCCCACCUUAGAGGUCAUGUUACCCCCUUCCUGUUAAAUUUUACAAUUAAUUUUGGUUCCGGAAAUGUAAAUAAAUUUGUUAAUAACAAAUAGCAAA